CUUGGUGGGUGGUUGGUUCUUCUGCUUUUCUCUUUCCCCUCUCUGUCUACCCCGCAAUGGCUACGGCGAGAACGACCAAGAAGAACAUGAUGAUGCUCCAUACAACAAUUCCAGAAACAUGUCAUCACCUCCUCCACUAGGAAAAGGAUGUGUUAUGUUUUGAUUUCAGGUUCGAUAAACUUGUCGCUUGAGUGAGUUUUUUAUUUUAAUUUAUUUCACACAACUCAACAACAAUGGGGAAGAACUUGCGUCACAAAGUAACUUGCUCCCCAAUCCAAAACCACCCUGGAUUCAUGUGGGGACUUUUUGACAUUCUCAAACACAACCAUUGGCGUUACAUCAAGAAACGCCUUCCUCACAAACGACCCAUUUGCAGAAGAAAUCCUCCUGGAACAAAAAACGAAGUAAACAACACAAUACCAUCACCAGAUGGUAAUAUUCCCCUAUCCAAGUGCAAGGUGGAAGAUAAAACAGAUGUAGAAUCUGGGCAAAUACCAAAGAAGCCUAGUAAUUCUUCAGUAAAGUCCAAAGAGUCUAACUCAGGGGAGAAAACUAAAAAGAAACAUACUUCAGAGGAGAAGUCCAAGAAAAUUAAUUCAGAAGAGAGGUCUAGGAAAACACAUUCUGAAAUCAAAAGGUCUGUGAAAGCUUUGAUCAAAGCACUUGUAACAGAGGACAAGUCUAAGAGGAAAGGUCGUCAUCACAGAAGCUCCACUUACCCUGUCCAGUCAAAUCCAAAAGAGAAGGAGUCAUUGAGUGAGGUUGACCCUUCAGAUAAGACUUCAUCAUCAAACAGUGAUGAUCGUAACCGAGUCUUUAACAAGUCGGUUGGCAUUUCACCCGCGAUUGGCUCCUUGAACCCGCUUUAUCUCAUGUCUGAGGAAUCAAGCAACAGUGACAGUGAAGAUUUUAGGGUAGAGAACAACAUUACAGUUGAUGAUACUACUGAUGGAAGUAAAUCAGAUUUUGAUGAAAAAGAUUCCAAGAAUAAGGAGAAAAGCAACGAGGAAGAUGCUUGGUUUGACCCAAAGAUGAGUAAUACCAAGGACUUCUCAGAGAAUGAGGAUGAUACUUCACCUAGACGGUCAAAAGCAUGUCUUGAUGCUCUCAAUCUGAUACACAUGAAUAGAAACUUCUUGUUAAAAGUAUUGCAGGAUCCAGGUUCUCCUCUAGCCAGACAUUUCCAAAGCCAACAGUCUUUUAGUUCCAAAACAAUGAGUAAAGCUGGAUCCUUUCCUAUUCAUGGUAGCAACAGAGAGGAUCAUAAUAACGGGUUUGAAUUGGUGGGAGACAUUGAUAAAAAACCAACAUCUCCUUCCAUUGCUGCAGAACACAGAGCUGAUGAAGAUACAUAUGGUUCUGGUUAUGCAAGGAAGCGAGGAAAGAACCAAGUGGUGAUCAAACGUUUCAAGGAUCUAAGACAGAAGAUAAAGCAUGUGAUUAACGAGAACAAGAACGAGAAACACCGUAUCACUAUGGAUGCUGUGUUAGACAAAGUACCUCGAAAGUAUGGUUUUUCGAAAGAUUUGAGACACGACAUUUUCUCACACUUGAGAGGAAGCUCUGCAACUAAGCACAACAACAAAGCAGAAGGCGUGAAACUGAAGCAAAUAACGAGAGCUUCGUCGCUGUGUGGAUCGCUUGACAGAUACCUUCAGCUGUAUGAAUGUAGCUUCCAAAGAGAUGGGAAGAACAGUAAUAACAAUUCAGAGAAAUCAAAAGUGGAGUCUGAGGAAUCAGCGUUGCCUUCUAAGAGAACUCCUAAAUUCUUGGGAAGGAUACUUUCGUUACCUGAAAUGAAAUCUUAUUCUUUGAAGAUUGAUGACUUUAUUGUCCAACCGAUCGAGGAAGAACAAGAUGGCUUGGACAACAUUUCAGAGAUCUCAGAACAUCACUCUGAGUCUUCAGAACACGAAGAAACACUUCAACAAACACUGGAUGCUUCUGAGGAUGCACCCAUUGACGCAGAAAACAUUACUUCAAUGAUCGAGACAGGACAAGACAGAGAAAUCUCUAUGUUCCAGUCCGAACCUGAAACAAGAUCCUUAAAAGAAUCAUCAGAAGAAAGCACUGAUGAUGUUUUUGACAUCCCUCGAGAGCAAGAAACAGAUACAGAGACCGUCUCAAUAAGCAAACAACUAGACGAAGUCCUCAACAUAGAUGCACAAGAUAAAUUGAAGUUCAACUAUGUAAGAGACAUUCUCGAGAUCUCAGGUUUCAAUGCACCAGAGUCUCUCUCAAUGUGGCAAUUAGAUUACCAGCCGCUAGAUCCAUUAGUGUACGAAGAAGUGACAACGACAACAACAGGAUGUAUGUUCCAAGAUCCAGAAUGUUCGAGAAACGAAGAGGAAGGUGGUAACUGCAACCACUUGCUUCUCUUUGAUCUAAUCAACGAGGUACUAAUCGAAAUCUACGAAAGAUCUUACCAUUAUUGUCCCAAACCGUUAUCAUCGCUAUGUAAGAUACAUCCAAUGCCGGCGGGGUAUAGCGUUUUGAAAGAGGUUUGGGUUAGAAUAAGCUGUUACUUGCGGUACAAGCCACACGACAAGCAAGAAUCGUUUGAUAAAGUUAUGAGUAGGGAUUUGUCAAGAGACGAUGGAUGGAUGGAUUUGCAGUUCGAGAGUGAAUGUGUUGGGAUUGAAGUUGAAGAUUUGAUCUUUGAGGAGCUUCUAGAAGAAUUGCUUGUAUCAGUUUAAAGGGCAUUUCAAGAAUCAUUUCUUGAUCCUUAUUUUGGAUUUUUUUUUUGCUUGGAGUUUAAGGUACAUAAACGAGAGAAAAAUGGUUUUUGUAUGAAUUAUUGUUGUUGUUUUGUGAUAAAACUUGUGUGUAGGGGAAAUCAUGUCUUAACAUGAGUGAGGAUUAAAAAAAAAACAA